AUGGGGGAUUCAUAUGAUGAAGACGAAGAUCGCUUGAUGAUAGAUGAUGCUAUUCAUGAAAGCACCCACUCUACUCAGACAGGUGUGGAAAGUCACCCGGUUGAUCCAGAACCGAAACCGAAUUUCUACUGCGAAGGUGCAGUUUCAAAAGUAGUUCAAAGUGUUCACCGAAAUGAUCGCUUAAAAAUGACUAUAAGGCGGACACAGAGCCCUGUUGGCAAUAGUGGACAAUUUUCUUAUCUUGGUGAGAAACUUGAUAGCGAACAAAUGAAUGAAGAUAUAUGUAAGGAAGAAGGGGAAAUCGAUGAUGAGGAAGAAGUGAACAACAGUAUGCACAUGCAAUCAGCCAUUUCAAAUGUUCAUCAUUCUGCGAAUUGGCCCGCAUAUCAGGAUGCUAGUGUUGAAGGAGCAUCAACAAAUAAAUUUCGUCAAGGCAGUCAGCAGCAAUUUGAGCAUCAUAAUUUGUACAAGACGCAACAUGCGUGUACACGCCAGUUGGCUGUCAGUACCGCCAUUUCUUCCGAUCUUACUUCUCAUGGUAAAUCAGUUAUUUUGUUUAUUCAUGAUAUGGUUAAUGCUAUCGGUUCAGUGGUGGUUGAAGACCACAACUCGUAUUCUUUUCUCGCAUCAGAUCUUUCGCAAACAGAACUUACUUCCAUAAGUGAAGAGCAAAGCAGUGAAGGCUUAGUUAGUUUUGGUCAGAAAGAAUCUGCUGCAGAAGAUAAUGAUUCCAAAAGUACUGGAUAUUGUGCAACGCUGAACAUAGCAAAUAACAAGUCUCGAAAAAAGAAACGACGAAUUAGUGAACGGGACGAGCGUGAAACUUGUCAAGCGUCUAGUAAUAUGGGAUCCUCUUUGAGUACACAAAUAACUCCUGUGAAUAUUGGUUCAACAAAGAAGAAAAAAUCAAAUAUGCGGGAUCGGUCAACAUGUGUUGGUGUGAAAUCAGUUCAAACUAGUGAUAGUGAUGUCGACGUAAAGAUCGGCUCUUCUCAUUGUCUCAAUAUUUCGGUGCUUUCAAGAGCGUCCAAUUAUUUGUAUUUUGUAACGAAUUGGAAUGGACAUGAGUUGUACGGUAUUCUUGGUGAUGGAUUACCACCUAUGCAACAUUCUUAUAUGGUUAAAAAGAAUUUUGGCACGUCUGUACCAUCAAGUAGUGUAACAGCACUCGAUUUGUUUGGUUGUCAUGAUAAAACAAAUGGAGGAAGUUCAUCAAAAGCGCGAAAUAAUACCAAAAGGUCGAACAGAAGUUCAUCGGUUUGUCCACCAAAUGGAUUUCCUGAAAUUAAGCAGCCUGGAAGAAAAGGUUUGAUUGGUAGCGUUGGUAGGUCUUCUAGCGCCUCAACUAGUGAUAUUCAAUCUGUUGGUGGUGAUUUACCAGAUGAAGAAAGGUCUCAGUCACCAGUAUCGUGGUUCACUACAAGGGGUAAUGAUCCUAUAUCUGCGCUUGGCACAGAUAGAGAUGAUGGCUUGACUCAAUUACGUGAAUGCAGUACCGCUGCUAUGUAUUUAUGUCCGGUAGCAGGUUGCGAACAUCGUUAUGACACACAAUCACAAUUGGCAAUUCACUAUCACACACAUUUUGUGAAAGAAAAUAGUGGAAGAGCGAUCUAUGUUGAAACUAUGGGUACUCAGACCGAUUCAGUCAUCACGAAAAAUGUUGCAGUGAAUACAGUGGAUGAAAUAAAUCAGAUGGAUGCAGUCUCUUUGAAAGGCAGUUUUACAGAACUGAAAAACUGCAGAAGUGAUGAUACUAUUCCUCAUAUAAUUUCACCAAGGAAAUCAACAAAAACUCUAACUAAUCAUGAAGAACAAAGUAUUAGCGAACUUUUCAAGGUUGUUACGCAAAAGGCAGAGACGAGUACUAGUAGUGCUAAGAUUGAGAAUAAAAAAACUUUCACUACCAAAGGUUCCAAAAGUGGUCUUAAUACCAACAAAGCGUAUGGCAAUCUGAUCAAUAAUAGCAGUGCAACUGAUGUAAAAGAAAUGCCUACAGCACUAGAUGCUAUUCGUAAAAUGGUAACAGAUAGCUGUAGUGAAAUUGAUUCUUCUUUUGAGCAGCAGACAACAACUGUCAUUUCUAAUCCCGCAGUAAUUCCAUCUACGAGUGAAAUAUUUUGUAGCCCUGUUUUCACUUCUAUAUCAUUUUGUUACAGUAUUUCUUCGACAACACCACAUGGUGCCGCUGCAUCGCCGGCAUUUUCAGAUAUUUCAGAUGACGCUCCAACUUUAGAAAAAGAGGUAGCCGACAAAGGGGAAGAGCGACCAUUUGAUCGGAUCAAAGAACUAGUGAAUAGUAAAACUCCAUUAGAACAGCUAAGUUUGUCUAUCGAGAACGAAAAAAUGGUCUCUGGAUCGAAAAGUGGAGUUAGUUCAUCUAGCAUACUUUGUCCUGUAACUACAUCAACUACAACCAUCGCUGCAACAUUGUCUGUCCCUCGAGCUUCAUCAGAGACAAAUCAAAGCUGCUUUUCUGAUGGGUCGAAAAAAAGUGAAACGAAGUUACAGUCGCAACCGAAUACAAUUGGUUCUUUUACUUCUUCCUUUCUCGAUCCAUCUUUUGCAGGACUACGCCACCCAUCGGCUUUGCCGAUUUCUGUAUCAAAUUUACCGAGUGCUCCUUCUCCUUCAGUUUUUGCACAGCCAUAUUUUAUGCCAUUUAUGAGCCCGUCAGUGAGUAAUGCCAUAACUCCUGGAUUGUCACAGCCACAUUUGAAACACAAAAUUCAUGAUCUGAAGGCAAAUGCUCCAAAUUUAAUUGCAUCUCAUUCUAAAGACAACAGCAAUAUUUGCCAGUCAUCUUCAGUUACCACUUCUAGUUCUCAUUCCGUAUCUCAGGGUGGACCAGGUAAUAUUCCAACUGCAAAGCAAGCCAUGCAUCAGCCAGGAAGUCAGAAUGUCCCUUCUGGAAAUUCUUUUGGUCUUCCAACACUUGUUACAAACAAUGGUGACCGCAGUGCUAAUGCUCAAAAUGUCCAAGCUUCUGCGCUAAAUUAUAUGCAGCAACAGCAGCAGCAGGCUUAUUUUGCGCAUUUGCAACAACAUCAACAGUUGCAGUACAUGCAACGAUUCGGUACUGCUUUUCCAAUUACGGGACCUCCGAAUUCUAUGAAUGCUGCUGCACAAGCUUAUGAGCAACAAAUGGCAGCCCUUCAUGCAUCUUUUGGGUAUCCAGGAAUAUUUAUGCCUCCAUCAUUUCCACCUAAAUAA